AAAAACUUCAUUAAUUAAUUUGUAGUAUCUCUCUAGAAAUGAGUUAUUACUCUCAAGAAAACAUAACCUUACCAUCAGGAUUACUACCAAAUGAAUCCACACCAGAGUGGAACAACAAUGCAGACAAUGCAUGGCAACUCACAGCAACAACAAUGGUCUGUCUGCAAAGUGUUCCUGGUCUGAUCAUUCUUUAUGGCAGCAUGGUCAAGAAAAAAUGGGCAGUCAACUCAGCAUUUAUGGCAUUCUAUGCAUUUGCAGCUGUUCUUCUGUGUUGGGUGUUAUGGGGGCACCACAUGUCAUUUGGCACCAAGAUUAGUCCUCUUGUAGGCAAACCUAAUGUGGCUCUAUCUCAAAGUUUUCUACUUAGCCAAUCUAAGAUGGGCCAUGUUCCUAUGGCAGAUUAUGUGUUCUAUCAGUUUGCUUUUGCUGCUAUAACUGUGAUUUUGUUGGCUGGGUCUUUGCUUGGGAGGAUGAAUAUCUAUGCAUGGAUGCUAUUUGUUCCUUUGUGGCUUACUUUUAGCUAUACUAUUGGGGCUUUUAGUAUAUGGGGAGGUGGUUUUCUUGAAAAGUAUAUUAUUGAUUAUGCUGGUGGCUAUGUUAUUCAUCUUUCUUCUGGUGUGGCUGGCUUCACUGCUGCUUAUUGGGUAGGACCAAGGCAUUCACAUGACAGGCAGCAUUUCCCUCCAAACAAUAUAAUUCAUAUGUUAGGAGGAGCAGGAUUUGUAUGGUUGGGAUGGACAGGCUUUAACGGUGGCUCUCCAUUUGCUGCUGGACUAGUGGCCUCUCUGGCCGUUCUCAACACCCACCUCUGCACCGCCACCAGCCUGCUAGUCUGGCUUUCCCUGGACAUGAUUAUUUACAAGAAAAGCUCCGUCAUUGGUGCUGUUCAAGGCAUGAUCACUGGCCUUGUCUGCAUCACUCCCGCCGCGGGAAUAGUGGAGCCAUGGGCAGCAAUGUUGAUGGGAGGAAUGUCUGGCUCAGUGACAUGGUACACCAUGAUGGUACUGCACAAAAAAUCUGCAAUCUUCCAAAGUGUGGAUGACACAUUGGCGGUCUUCCACACGCACGCGGUGGCUGGCCUUCUCGGAGGAAUUAUGUCAGGCGUCUUUGCCAAACCUUCCCUCUUAAAGCUGAUGUACCCACACAGCACCUACGGCACAGGAUUAUUCUAUAGCCUCACAAAUGGAAGACACCAUGAUGGCCUUAAACAAAUGGUUACCCAAUUUGAAGGAGCAGCUUUUAUUACAGCCUGGAAUGUGGUUAUGACAAGCUUAAUCUGUAUUCUUAUUAGUCGCUUAGUUGAUCUGAGGCUACCAGAAGAUGACCUUGAAAUAGGCGAUGAUGCUGUGCACGGUGAAGAAGCUUAUGCACUGUGGGGCGAUGGAGAACGGAUGCCACAUAUGUAUCGACGUCUGCAACCAAGACUUCCAUCCUGGUGUCGUCGUGCUUGA